CUUUCUUGUCCAGAAGGAAGCUCUCUGCUUUGAUCUGUCUCUGUCUCAGUCAGAGAUUGAAAGAAAUAGCAAUCAAAAUCAGUCACAGUUGCAGAUUCACAGAUUCGUGAUGGGGGAUGAAAGAGAAACCCUGAUACCAAAAUCUGACAACAAGGGCUUCAAUCGAUGUAUUUCUCACGCAGGAGAUGAGUUAUGCAGCUUUAGGUUGUGCCUUAAAUGGAUGUGUGUGGAUCAGUCUAGUAUAUGGAGAGCUAGUCUGUCCUGGUCUCUCUUCCUCCUUCUAUCGAUCGUCGUUCCUCUCUUGUCUUACUUCGUCCUCGCUUGCUCAGACUGCGACGCCGAACAUCACCGCCCUUAUGACAGUGUUGUCCAAUUGUCCCUCACCAUUGUCUCUGCCGUCUCCUUCUUCUGUCUCUCCCGCUUUGUCCGUAAGUAUGGUCUUCGCCGAUUCCUCUUUCUUGAUAAGCUUCGUGAGGAAAGCGAACAGGUUGGAUUUGGAUAUAUAGAGCAACUCAAUAGAUCAUGGAAGCUACUCCUAGUGUUCGUCCUUCCUUGCUUCAUUGCAGAGUGUGCCUACAAGAUAUGGUGGUACAGUUCAGGGGCAAGUGGGAUUCCUUUCCUGGGAAACCAAAUUUUGAGCGAUGCUGUGGCAUGUACGUUGGAGCUGUGUUCAUGGUUAUACAGGACUUCCAUCUUCUUCUUGGUGUGCGUUUUGUUCCGGUUGCUCUGUUCUCUGCAAAUUCUCCGUCUGCAAGACUUUGCCUUAGUUUUCCAAAUUGAAUGUGAUGUAUCGUCGGUGUUGAAAGAGCACUUGAGGAUAAGGAGACAUCUUCGGAUCAUAAGCCACCGGUACAGAGCAUUUAUAUUGUUUUCUCUGUUGUUCAUCACUGCGAGUCAGUUCGCUUCGUUGCUUAUGACCACCCGCUCCACCGCAGUCGUCGAUGUCUUCACUGCUGGUGAAUUAGCUUUAUGCUCUAUCACACUGGUGACGGGGCUAUUAAUCUGCCUACGAAGCGCCACGAAGAUCACACACAAGGCACAGUCAGUGACAUGUCUUGCGGCCAAGUGGCAUGUGUGUGCCACCAUUGAUUCUUUCGAUGGCACAGAUAGUGAGACACCGGUGGCACAUCCGCCGGCCCGACCACACGUACGUGAUUUUCCUAUCAAUGCCAAUGGAGAGUGGGAAGAUGAUGAGACUGCAGAUGGUGAUGAUGAGUUGGACAACACCAAUAUGUUGAUGCCUAUUUAUGCCCGCACCAUCUCUUUUCACAAGAGACAGGCACUAGUGACUUAUUUUGAGAACAACAGAGCAGGCGUUACGGUAUUUGGGUUCAUGCUGGACAGGUCUACACUCAAUAUGAUUUUUGGAGUGGAGAUGUCUUUCGUCCUCUGGUUGCUUGGCAAGACCAUAGCUAUUUCUUAAUUAUUUUCUCUUUUAUGAAAAUUUCUUCCUCCAUAAAUUUUCCCACGUAAGAGAGAGAGAGAGAUCACUAUCGUUUGUGUGUGAUUUUUGUUUUUUUUGUUCUUUUGUUUUUUUUUUUGUUUUUUUUUUUUGGGUUGGGUUUAUUCUUUUAUUGUAGAUUCUUUCGACUUUCCUCCUUCGUUGUAAGAAAAUGGAAGUAUUGAGAUAAAACUAUGAGUGCAGAUUUAGGCCUUUGGCCACCCAGGAAGCAUCUAAAGGGAUACUAUUUCUUCCAUCAAUUCCAUGAAGUUGCCUCUUCACCAGCGUUUUUAGGCA